CGCACGUACCUGAUCGUAACUACUCUCCGUUCCAACCUGUUUCCUUCUUCUUGGAAGCUCUCUUCCCUCUCUUUCUCUCUCUUCCGAGAAAAGAAAAGCAACAUUUCUCUCUCUGAGAGCCAUUUACGGUGGGGGUUUAUGCGCUUUUCUUCAAAUCUUCUUGUGCGAGAGGACUAUACGUGUACAUGCAUACAUAGAUGUCUAUGUUGAUGUAUGCAUAGGCGUGUGUGGCGGUGUAGAAAGGGAGGGUUUGUUAAUUGGGUCUCUGGGUUUUCAGUUUCGUCAACCAUAUGCUCAAUGACCCGAAUUGGGGUCGAAUCGAAAACCUUACUGGACUUCGUCUGUGAUGACUCUUGAUACUAGUGGAUGGCUCGAUUUCGAUUCCUCUUCUUCUUCCUGGUCGCUGUUGCGGUUUUUGCCGUAAACCCUAGUUCAAGUUAUCGAUUCGCCAUUGUGGAACCGAAUUCGGGUUUUGAUUCGGAUUUGGACCCGGAUUCUGAGUCGCUGCUUUACCAUCAGGAUUACUCGCCGCCGGCUCCGCCACCGCCACCUCCGCACGGACCAUCGGUGUCCUGCAGUGAGGAUCUCGGCGGCGUUGGAUUUUUGGAUACUACUUGUAAGAUUGUUGCCGAUUUGAAUCUUACGCGCGAUGUGUAUAUAGCUGGGAAGGGUAAUUUUAUCAUCCUACCAGGGGUUAAGUUUCACUGCCCGAUCCCCGGAUGCUCCAUUGCUAUCAAUGUUUCUGGGAACUUCUCUCUGGGCGCGGAAUCUACAAUUGUCGCAGGGACAUUGGAGCUUGCAGCUGGUAACGCUAGCUUUGCCAACGGGUCGGCCGUGAACACGACGGGCUUAGCCGGGAACCCUCCGCCACAGACCAGCGGGACGCCGCAGGCGAUCGAGGGUGCUGGUGGUGGGCAUGGUGGUAGAGGCGCUUGUUGUUUGACCGACACUAGUAAGCUUCCCGAAGAUGUGUGGGGAGGUGAUGCAUACUCCUGGUCGACUCUGAAUAAGCCGUGGAGCUACGGUAGUAAAGGCGGGUCAACGAGCAAGGAGACUGAUUAUGGAGGAGGAGGUGGCGGGAGGGUGAAGAUGGAUAUUCUGCAGUUUCUGGAUGUUAACGGAAGCCUUUUGGCAGACGGAGGUUAUGGAGGAGCUAAAGGCGGCGGUGGGUCUGGUGGCAGCAUCUUCAUCACGGCUUAUAAGAUGACUGGAAUUGGACAGAUCAGUGCAUGUGGUGGGAAUGGUUACGGUGGUGGUGGUGGUGGAAGAGUAUCUGUGGAUAUCUUUAGCAGGCAUGAUGACCCGAAGAUAUAUGUGCAUGGCGGACACAGUAUUGGAUGUCCAGAUAACUCAGGUGCUGCUGGGACGCUAUACGAUGCUGUUCCCCGAAGCCUUUUCGUUAGCAACUACAAUCUGACGACAGACACUUAUACGCUCCUCUUAGAAUUUCCCUUCCAGCCUCUUUGGACCAAUGUUUAUAUUCAGGAUAAAGCGCGAGCAACUUGUCCUCUGCUAUGGAGCCGUGUCCAGGUUCAAGGACAAAUUAGUUUGUUGUGCGGUGGUGUUUUGAGCUUCGGAUUAUCUCAUUAUGGUACAUCAGUAUUUGAGUUGUUGGCUGAAGAACUCUUAAUGAGUGAUUCCACUAUCAAGGUUUACGGGGCAUUACGCAUGACUGUCAAGAUGUUCUUGAUGUGGAAUUCAGAAUUGCAUAUAGAUGGAGGGGGAGGAGAUACAAGUAUUUCGACUUCCAAGCUUGAGGCUAGCAAUUUAUUCGUUCUUAGGGAAUCAUCUGUAAUUCGGUCAAAUGCAAAUCUUGAAGUUCGUGGACAAGGUUUCUUGAAUCUAACGGGACCAGAGGAUUCGAUUGAAGCACAACGGCUUGUUUUGUCACUAUUUUACCGGAUUUAUGUUGGGCCUGGAUCUAUUUUGCGUGCUCCUCUACUGAAUGCAUCCCGAGAUGCUGUUACACCAAAGCUUUAUUGUGAUCGGCAAGAUUGCCCCUAUGAACUACUGAAUCCUCCAGAGGAUUGCAAUGUCAAUUCGUCUCUGUCCUUUACUCUACAGAUAUGCCGAGUUGAGGAUAUUCUAGUCGAAGGCUUCAUCAAAGGAUCAGUUGUUCAUUUCCACCGUGCAAAAACAGUUACCCUUCAACCCUCUGGAGAGAUUAGUGCCAGUGGAAUGGGUUGUAGAGGUGGUGUGGGAGAAGGCAAGUUGCUUGGAAACGGCAUUGGCAGUGGUGGUGGGCAUGGUGGUAGAGGGGGCCGUGUAUGUUACAACAGCAGCUGUGUUGAAGGUGGAAUUACAUAUGGAAAUGCAGAUCUCCCUUGUGAGCUUGGCAGUGGAAGUGGGGAUUAUAGCCCGAGUUAUUCAUCUGCUGGUGGUGGUAUAAUAGUGAUUGGUUCAAUGGAGCAGCCUCUAUCUGGUUUAUCACUUCAAGGCUCAAUUAGGGCUGAUGGCGAAAGUGUCAAACGUUUGAGCAGAGAUGACAAUGGCUCUAUCGUAGCACCAGGUGGUGGUUCUGGUGGAACAGUUCUUUUGUUCCUGCGUUAUCUUAUUUUAGGAGAGUCGUCUCUUCUCUCAAGUGGUGGUGGGUCUGGCAGUCCUUCUGGUGGUGGUGGUGGCGGAGGUGGGAGGAUUCAUUUUCAUUGGUCAAACAUUCCCACCGGGGACAUAUACCAGCCUAUUGCUAGUGUAAAAGGAAUAAUCCAUGCACGGGGGGGAGGGGCAGUAGAUGAUGGUUUUUCUGGUAAAAAUGGCACAGUAACUGGGACGCCUUGUCCAAAGGGACUCCACGGUACAUUUUGCAAGGAAUGUCCAUCUGGUACAUUCAAAAAUGUUACUGGAUCUGACACGUCUCUUUGCCGUCCUUGUCCCGUAAAUGAGCUUCCAACUCGUGCUGUUUAUCUCCCAGUUCGAGGUGGUGUUUCUGAGACACCAUGUCCAUAUCGAUGCAUAUCGGAAAGGUAUCACAUGCCACACUGCUACACCGCUCUGGAGGAAUUAAUUUACACAUUUGGUGGGCCUUGGCUGUUUGGUCUGCUUUUGAUGGGUCUCCUCAUCCUCUUAGCACUUGUACUUAGUGUUGCACGAAUGAAAUUUGUUGGAGUUGAUGAUUUACCUGGCCCAGCUCCCACACAGCAUGGCUCUCAAAUAGAUCAUUCCUUCCCUUUCCUUGAAUCACUAAAUGAGGUGUUGGAGACAAAUAGAGCAGAGCAAUCUCAGAGUCAUGUGCAUAGAAUGUAUUUUAUGGGUCCUAAUACAUUCAGUGAGCCAUGGCAUCUCUCGCAUAUCCCCCCAGAAGAGAUAAAAGAGAUAGUAUAUGAGGCGGCAUUCAACACAUUUGUCGAUGAAAUCAACUCUAUAGCUGCAUAUCAAUGGUGGGAAGGUGCAAUAUAUAGUAUUCUUUCAGUGGUUGCAUAUCCGCUUGCGUGGUCAUGGCAGCAAUGGCGGCGGAAGUUGAAGUUGCAAAGAUUGCGUGAGUUUGUACGUUCAGAAUAUGAUCAUUCCUGUUUACGCUCAUGUCGCUCCCGGGCUUUAUAUGAGGGUCUAAAGGUCGCUGCUACCUCCGAUUUGAUGCUUGCAUAUCUGGAUUUCUUCCUUGGCGGGGAUGAAAAAAGGACAGACCUUCCACCACGGCUUCACCAAAGGUUUCCAAUGCCCAUCUUGUUUGGUGGUGAUGGCAAUUACAUGGCUCCUUUCUCACUUCAAAAUGAUAAUAUUCUUACCAGUCUGAUGAGUCAGCUCGUUCCGCCCACUACUUGGUGCAGACUGGUGGCCGGUGUAAAUGCUCAACUACGCCUUGUUCGCCGUGGGCGACUGAGAUCUACAUUUAAUUAUGUUCUGAGAUGGUUAGAAACUCAUGCUAAUCCCGCUCUGGAAAGACAUUGCAUACGGGUUGAUCUCGCCUGGUUCCAGACUACAGCUUGUGGUUACUGCCAAUAUGGUCUCUUGGUUCAUGCUGCUGAGGAUUGUGAACCAACAUCGCCUCAGUGUGUCAUUGAAACAGCAUGGACUGAUACCCAGCCACGUUACGGUGUGAGUGCACAUAAAGAAAAUUCUCCGGCAAAUUUAAGAGAGAGUAUGCUCUUCAACCAAACCCACACAAAUACUGAGGAUUUUACAACACGCAGAAAGAACUAUGGAGGGAUAAUCGACCUUGACAGCUUACCAAGUCUGAAAGAGAAAAGAGAUAUGUUUUUCCUUCUCUCUUUCUUAGUUCACAACACUAAACCCGUGGGCCACCAGGACAUGGUUGGCUUAGUUAUCUCGAUGUUACUUCUAGGGGAUUUUAGUCUAGUCUUGCUCACACUGCUCCAGCUGUAUUCGAUUUCCUUGCUGGAUGUACUUUUGGCUUUGUUUAUAUUACCGCUGGGCUUACUUUUGCCAUUCCCCGCUGGGAUAAAUGCCUUAUUUAGUCAUGGACCCAGACGCUCUGCUGGCUUAGCACGUGUUUACGCUUUGUGGAACUUUAUGUCCUUGGUCAAUGUGUUUGUUGCUUUUCUCUGCGGAUACGUUCAUUAUAACAGCGAAUCAUCAGCAAGCAAGAAAAUCCCAUUUCAGCCGUGGAAUAUAAACAUGGGUGAAAGUGAGUGGUGGAUAUUUCCGGCGGGACUGGUCGUGUGUAAGAUAAUGCAAUCGCAGCUCAUAAACCGACAUGUAGCGAACCUGGAGAUACAAGACCGCUCGUUGUAUAGUAAGGAUUUUGAGCUGUUUUGGCAGUCGUGACAAAGUCUUGUCAGGUGAAUAGAAUUAGGAUACAAAAAAGAAGGAACUCUGAUUGUCAAAAGGAGGAAAAAGAAAGAGAAGAAAACAAGUUUAUAAUUAGAGGGACAAAACUUGUAAUCUAAAGAUCCUUCUGGUUUGGUUUCUUGGGGAGGGAAAAGUGUUGGUCUCGGUUUUAAUUUUGUUUUUAGUGGAUGGUCGGUCGUAUUGGUGAUGAUCCUUUUAAGCUUUGUAUAUGUAAAUAAGUGAGAAGCCAAUGAUCUAUCUACUUGGGGCUGUGUUUAUUAUUUCUGCCUCAAUACUCUCUUUUGACUUGUUUUUUGGUGUAUAUUGACUAGAAGAAUGGAUUUGGAUCUUGAUUUAUUUUUUGUGUGCGUAAGAAGAUUCUAUUAGAAUGGUCAUAAUCAGAGAGAAGUUGACUUUUGACUAUUCAGCACAGUCAGCUCUUCUUGACUACUACACAGUCCGAUUAACCAAGACUUGCAAACCAAAAAUCUACAAAUUAUUGUGUUCACUAAUCACUAUAAGGCUGAAUAAAAAAUCGACUCUACUGUUGGACGGAAACAAGAUUACUUUUAGAAACAAAAAGAGUAAACACUGUAGAAUGGUUUCACAAAGAGUAUAUAGCUCAUCAAACCACAAGCCCCAAAAAAGCCUGCUUUAGUUGUUCAAGAUUAAUGUACCCCUUUGAUCAAAGCAAGCAAAACCCCUCCCAUAACAGCGGAUCUUGAAGCUGCGACGAUGCCUUGUCGAAUAGACAGAAACCCUCCUGUAGCAGCACCUGCAAAGAUGGAGUUCCAUGGAUCUUCCUUGUUCCUGAUGUAGACCAUCGCGUGGUCAAAUGUGGAGAACAAGCCCCCAAAUACAGCAAAGCUGCCUCCUAAGCGAGGAGCAUUCAUGGUCACCGCUUGUGCUCCUCCAACAAAACGACGACCUACUGGGGAAUUGUAUGACCCUUUUAUGAAAUGAAACACAGAUCCUCCAAUAGCCCCCGUUCCAAAUGCCGUACCGAUAUCAUCAACUAUCCGGUGUAGGCUCUGUUCUCGAGAUUUCUUCUGCGUCUCCAUCGUAAUCCAAUAUAUAAAACCCUUUUCUCUCUUGCUGAAUUUGAAGCAGACACAAGUGACGUAUCUGAAGUCGGAGGGUGCGGCAACUGUGCGACUGCACAGAGCCACCCGAAAUUAGGGUUUUCUAGGUCAAAUCGAUCAACAAUUCCUCACUUAAGAAUCCCUUUGUAUCUUCGCUCUCCCUCUCCUUAAAGUAACUUCGGUAGUUUAUUAUUUCAAAUUCACAAUCAAUUUUGUAUCCGUGCAUAAAAAAGAAUGCUAUGCUUUAUAUAAUUCAGAAA